CGUCGCCUCUGCGACCAGUUCGGAAAGGCGCACCGAUGAGGGUGCACGCGUCUCGCUCGUCGGCUUCGAAGACGAACGCGCGUUCGCGAGUGAUAAUUUAAAAAUCAACGUGUUCGAAAUUUUUAAACUUAUUUUUUUUUCGUGUGCCAGUUGUGACCAUGAGAUGUUUAGUGGUGAUUUUGAUGGUGGUGGCGUGUGUGGGAUCUGCCGCCGCUGCUGCAGCACCUGCGGCCUCUUGCGCUGUGUCUAAGGAAUUCUUCGCGAGACAUAACGCAUCAUCUGAUGAUAGCGGACAACCAGGUUCCAUGUGCGGGGGACAGUGCUGCGGGCGGGGACGGGAGACGCGGCUCCGGCACUCCGUGCGGAGGCUGACGGUGGACCGCGUGCUCGCCGAGACCAGACCGGUCUCCGACCUGCUGCUAUCCACAAGGCAGACACUGCAUGAUCACCUGAUGCAGCUGUCGCGGCAUUCACAGAACAAGACUGGGAACUUGCUGACCAAAAUGUAUCGUGGACACGCUGUCCGGACCCGAGCACCAAUGUCGGCAUUCUACGAAGAUAUCCGAACGUCUCUGCGAACUACCGACCACGAUGACGCCACGCGCGGGUCCCAACCACCGAGAAAUCUAGCAGAAAGUGCUAGAAAGUUCUUCGAGAACGUUUUCCCUGUGGCGUAUCAGAGUGUGCUGAAACUGGAAGCCAAGCAGUUCACGGUGGAGUAUGAGGCAUGUCUGAGAGAUGCGUACGAUUCUGUGAAGCCGUUUGGUGAUGUCCCUCUAAAGAUGGGAACAUCGCUGUCUCGCUCCAUAAAAGCAGCCCGCACGUUGCUGGAAGUCCUAGCGACCGGCGCAGGAGUGCUAGCUGCGAGUGAGCACAUGCUGUCUUCAGCCAGCGAAGAGUGCUCCAGUAGACUGCUGAAGGUGGUCGGUUGCGCUCACUGCAAAGGCCAUGACGUCAAACCGUGCAGAGCUUAUUGCUUCAAUGUCGCUCGAGGGUGCCUUGGUUCAUUAGUCUCCGAGCUGGACGCACCCUGGGCAGGCUACGUGGAGGGCCUGGAGCGGCUGGUCCGGGUGGAAGCUGAUGGAGUCCUCAGGGAGAUCGAGAAGAGCGUCACUCUGGCUGUUAUGUAUGCCUUGGAAAACCACCUCACUUUGGAAAAUAAGGUCCGACAAGAGUGCGGUCCGACAGCAACCACAGUUCCAGAACCGAGCUCCCCAGCGCCCACUGUCCCAACGCGGAGGAGCGACGACACCGUGCCCCCACUAUACACCACCAUACUCGAGUUCACUGCCUCUCUGGCAGAACGCAAGAAGCUGUUCUACGGAUUAGCUGAUGAGAUAUGCGAGGAGCAGGACUUCGCUGACAUGGGCAAUGAGCGGUGUUGGAACGGAGAUACUGUUGGAGAGUACACGAAGCCGUUGGUACAAUCAGCGUCGUUGUCCGAUCAGAAGUACAACCCCGAGAUGGAGAGUGGGAUCCCACAGGACAAGGUGUCCGAAAUGGCUGCUCUCGGGGAGAAAUUACGACAGGCAAGACAGUUGUUGGUGACGAACUCAUGGGGCAGCGAUAUGCCAUCAGCAGAGUCCUUCAUGCAAGGGGACGAGGCAGGAGAGGACGGUUCAGGGUCUGGACAAGCGUACGAUGAUGAGGGCCCCUACGACCAGGAGGGCUCCGGUGAAGGCUCUGGUGUUCAUGAAAUUGGUAACAGAUUCAACACUGGAGAGACGGCGAUCCAGCCUUCUACACCAAAGACAUCAGCGGCGACCUCGCCUAGGUCGCUCUCGGCGGUUCUGAGCUUAGCCCUGUUGAUCUCUCUAACUCGAAGUCUUAAUUAAACCCGGCGUGGGUUUUAGAGUUGUGACCAAACUCUCUGCUCACCCAGUGAGAUUUCUACCAUAUCAAGUGUGACAGUGUGAGUGAACUCUGACUGCUAAUAGAGCAUUAGUCUGACUUUAAUAGACACGAAUAGACAUGUUAGCUCCAUGUCCAGAGUAACUCGCCUAAUCCCAAGUCCUAGCUGAGUGAUUGAAUGAGCACGACGCGUAGCGACGCUGUGCGUACAUAAAUGAGAUAUUGACGCGUCGCGCUAUCUUGGCGCUCACCUAAGACACUAUGGGUAGAUGAAGCUACUCAUAUUGCUACUGCCCUAAGCGGCUCGGUAUUAUUUACAGUGUGUAUAAAACCUUAUGGAAUCUCUUGAGAUAAUGAUGUAGGCAGUGUUUGAUGCAUUUAAAAAAUGAUAUCGUCUGCAAUAAUGUACAGUGCAUAUCGUGUUGUUUUCUCAUUUCAAUUUGUAAAUAUUCUCGUAUCUACUUAGAUAUAAGCGUAACGGAAACUUCUGCAUUUAAAAAUUUUGAAGUGAAACCUGUUUAUUGUCAUAAUAAAUUAAUUAAUUGAUGUUCAUUAAAGAUUCUUUAAUCGUUGUUAAAUAUUAGCUGGUUGGCAAUAAUUUUAUGAGAAAAGUAUAACGAUUAGACAUGAGUGAUAUGAUAACAAAAUAAUAUAAGGUACGACUGUACAGAUCCGACUGUAAAUACCUGAAGUCCUACUGGUCUAGGUGCUUAGCUAGUAGAUAUAUUUUGUUGCCAUAUUAAUAUUACGGAUAUUAUUAUUUAUAUUAUAAUAAGUCAUAAUUUAAUCUAAUAUUAUGUUAUGUGAUACCGAUUUAGUAAUUUCUGUGCAUAAAUCGCACAUCUUAUUUAUAUUAAUCGAUAGUAGUGUACAAUAUUUAAACAAAGUUUUAUUAUAAUAACUAUUAAAACAGUAAAUAGUGUGUACAAUCCAAUUUUUAAAUGUAUGCAUGCCUAUUAUCUUUAUAAUGGCCUAUUUCUGCUGCGGCUUAAAACCAAUGUUUUUAAAAUGAUUCAUUUAUCUCAAAAAAUACUAUCAUUUGUAUAAAAGAGAUAAAAUAUAUUGUCGCAUAGAUUUACAAAAAAAAAUAUUGUAAAAAAAAACGUGUAGCAAAAAUGUGUAAUUAAACAGCCAUCAUGUAAUGGUGCGCUGAAGUUUUGUAAAUGUAUAAUUAGAAUUUAAUUAUCGAUGUAUGAGGACCAGGCAAGGAUGUGAACAUUUCUGUUGGAUAUUGGUGAGGAAACGUGAAAUCUCGAAAAUAUAAAAAGCAAUAUACGUUACGAAUAAAUAUAAUAAUAUUUAGCUUGAUCAUCAGGAAAUUGUUCAGGAUUAGUGUAAAUAUUGUUGAGAAGAGUGAUUGGGGAAGACAUUGCUGUUAUAUCUGAGUAUAUGAUAUUAUGAAAAUAAAAUCUGUAUUAUA